UUCCGCGAGUACGGCUACUAUUCGGGCAUCGCCCUCAUCUGCCUGCCCGUCCUUAUCAUCUUCUUCUACUACUUGGGUCUGUGUUUCGGCACUUGUGGUGAUCGUCCCUACGAGGAGGCGGGUCUCUGCAAUCGAGGCGUUGGCGCCAACCUUCUCAUGGCGUGA